UAUCUUAUUUAUUUCAUGAUAUUCUCCUUGCAGGUGGUACUUCUCAUCUCUUUAGCCCUGUCGGCGGUCUCCGCGGGCUCCGGUCCCUAUCUGCCCAGCGGGUGGAAGCCAGCAGGACCCGCCUUCUAUCUGCCCGGAGAAGUCGCUGCUCCCACGAAACCUGCAGACAACCCUCUGAAAGAGUCCCUUCAGGUAGAAGCUGAAGGUUCUGACUUCCUCAAGGAGUACGGACCCCCAAAGACCACUGAAGUCCAAGACAAGAACGUCGAAGUCGUUGAAAUCACCAAACAAGAGCUUCCAGAACUGGCCAUUGCACGUAACUUCGCUGAAAUCAGAACAAACAUCAUUGCUGAUGAUGAAAUAGUUGAUUCUGUAACCGAAACAGUAGUUGGUGUCACUGAAGAAAUAUCCGAAGUUGUUGAGGAAGUUACUGUUGCUGAAUCCUCUGAUGCUACCACAGAGAAUGUCAAAGAGAUCAACGAAGAUGUCACAGCUGUGUCUAACACCGAAGCUAACUUGGUCGCUGAAGUAGAAUCCGACGUCACCACACAAGCUUUGGUUGAAGCUGUUACUGAAAUCGUACAAAACGUUGAGCAAUCCGGAGUAAUCGCUCAAGAAAACCAAAGCGCCGUUGUGAAAACAGAAGAGAUUGUUGAAGAGAACGAAAAUGCUAACAGUCAGUUUGUCAGUGCAGUGGAAGAAAGAGAGGGCAAGAGUGUGGUGGUGACUCUAGAAGAGCAAAGAGAGGAGACCAUUGGUGCUGUGCGGAGUAUUGAAGACGCUCUAGUCAAUCUGGAAAACGAAAUCAAAGCGCAACAGGUACAAAACAUCGAAGCUGUUGCGGAAGUGAAGAGUGUGGAGGAAAACUCUGGAUCCGUACAGCAGAACUUACCUGAAGGGUUCCUUGAGUACGGGCCCCCCGGCUUCCAAGAGUACGGACCGCCCAAGCAGCAGCUGAGGACUGAAGCUCAGGAUGCUGCUGUUGAUGCUAAUGAGACCAGGAGACGUCGGUUUUCUCCCAAAUUCAGACAAGCGAGAAGAGCGCACCACUAAGAAAAAAUAAAUAAUUUAUAACGACGACUUUGGACUGAUUCUUGAUACUUACCUACUUAUUUAUUUAAUUGCUAUGCAGAAAAUGAAAUAAAAAUGUGAUGAAAUGAAUUAAACUGUAA